AUGUAUGUUUCCUAUCCCCAUUGGAUUGGAUUGAUCUUAUAUCGUGAAGAAAGCUAUGUCGAAAUUCAUGGGAUCACCAUUCAUAUUCCUGCUCUCUCCUCAAAGAUCAUCAAUACUACUCCUACUACAGAUGAUUUGCAUAUUAUUGUGAAAAUACAAAAAUGGAUUGAAAAACCCUACGUUGUUGAAUCCUAUGAAUCUGAAGAAGAGAACGAUGAGGAUAAUGAUGAAGAAGGCACUAAUAAUGGUGAAAGGGGUGAUGAGGAAGAAGACUCUGAUAAAGAUGAAGAAGAAUCAAUCGUUGAUAAGGGAGAAGACUUUGCUCAGGGGAUGAACUCGCCCCCAAGGAUGAACAAGCACAUUCGUUUUUCAACUACCUCUUCAUCCACUUCCUCUGCAUAUGACGUUGUACAAAGUGGAUCAAUCCCUCCUUUUGUGGAAACGGCUAAACCAAUGAUCCAGGAUGUAACUUCUCCGAAACUAACAUCUCCUUCUCCUCAUGCUGAGAUUGUUCCCCCUAUUCCAACUCCUAUUCAAACUGUUGAUUUUUAUCAAGGGGAAUCCAACUCCAACUUUCAAACUGCAGUGUUUUCUCAACUUUCUCUCAUAGUGCAGAUAACUCAAUCGUUGGGAAACAGGUUGUCUAAAGUAGAAAGGGAUGUAGCUGAAAUGAAGCAUUUUCUGGCCUUGGUUGAUGAUGAUGAUGAUGAUGAUGAUGAUAUGGUUGUUGAUGACACCCUACCAAACUCUCCAGAAGCUGAUGAUCACCCCAUUCCAGACACUGGUGAUCAAUCUGAGACUGACGACUAUGAAGGGUUUCUUGAUCUUGGGGACGUUCCUCAAGGAACUAAUAAUGACAUUGAUUAUGAUAAUGAUCAUCUCAAUCCUCGAAAGAGGAAGCUUCCUUAUCAGGGGUAG